GCUUCAACUUCUACUCGAAGGCCUCUCGCAGUCUUCUCACCUGUUUUUGCAAUACUUUGCGCAUAAAAUCACAGAAUAUUUUGCUUUUAAUAUAUUCUGUGAUAUAUUUCUCAAUGAAUUUUAAUCGUGUAUUGAUUUUAAAGAAAUGAUUUCCAAAAGUGAAAAUGAGGCCAAUUUUAUGGGCCUAUCGAUCGGGAAACUCACAAACGGUGUCAAUUUGUUGGUGAUUUUGGUCAGUAUUGGGUUCAUUGCGUUCACAUUAAUGGUUGUCUUAUUAAUCAAAUAUCGGUCCCAGAGGUUGAAGAAGAAGAAUAGCAUUUGCGAGGAAACGGUUGAGUCCGGCAUCUUAUCGCCAGACACUAAACGCGUCAAAAUUACAAAAUGCGAUAUAAAGAGCAAUACGGAUAACUCUGACUCGAGUGACGAUCAGGUGUUGUACGAGAAGGAUGAGAGGUAUAGGACUGAUAGAGUGCAACCCAAACGUCAAUCCCUGCGUCCAACGCAACAGUCGGUCACGUCGUCGAUGGAGUCCGAGAUGGAGACCAUUCCCUCUUUGGUGGUGUCGGUCGUGACCGACGGCACGAGGGCUUCGGUCGCACUCAUCAAAGCCAAGAAUCUGCGCCGAAGCGGUCACUCGUCCACCGAUCGACUCAUACCGGAGGGUGUGUUCGCCCGCAUAUAUCCCACGUAUAGGACAACGUCUACCGACAGUUCCCAAACGGAGAGCGAACAGAGCCAACACCGGCCGCGCGGAAGCGGCGGUGCUGUCGGCGGUCACGAGGAGUACUUCGAGAGCCCGUAUAUAAAGUCUAAGAAAUCAAAACUCAUUAAAUUCAGUGAGAAAGAGAGGUUUGAUGUGUUGGGCGACAACUUUCCCAUUCGGUUAUCGGUCUAUGAAUACGACAAACAGAGGGUCCGCUAUAAUAUUGGAAAUUGUUUCUUGAAUAUCGAUGUCCGCGACAACUAUCACACCAAACAAAUCAUUGAAUUGUCUUUAUAUAAAACCUUAUAUAAGGCUAAGAGUGCGGCACAAACUCGCAGAUAACUUUCACGGCUGGCUCUUUGGUUACACAACACUUCACUAUUGAUGAUAUAAUUAUUGCAAUUUAUCUAAUUUAUAGCUUUUAUCUAUAUUUAUGAAAAAUUAAUUUUAUUAUAAAUUUACAGAUUAUUUGUAAAUUAAUUAACAAUAUAUGUCAGGCAUUUAAAUAGAACUCACCAUGAAUAUUGAAACUUAUAGAAUAAAUUAAGUAAAACAUAACAAUUGAAAAA